CCACUGACGCAUCCCACGGUGGCCCGCCAAGAUUUACCCAAUAAGAUGCCUGUCACGUGGGGGACUAGCGCAGAAGCCCCACCUGACUGCCUUCCGCCUUCGAACUUCGUCUUCUCAUCACUCCCGCGUCAGUCCAUCCUCGAGCCUCAACUCCUCCCCCAUUGCACCGUGACCCGUGCACCCCCAUCGACAUUAACCUAUCGAACCAUCGUGUCGAACCAUCUCAGAAUCGACAUCGAGAUAUGAGUCGUGCCAACAAACUUGGCCCGGAGGUAAAUCGAGCUUUGUUCGUAAAGAAUCUAAGCUACAACGUCACUCCAGAGGAGCUGUUUGACCUCUUUGGAAAGUACGGGCCAAUCCGUCAAGUUCGACAAGGCAUUGCGAGCAACACAAAAGGCACCGCCUUCGUCGUCUAUGAGGACGUAAUGGAUGCAAAGCAGGCGUGCGACAAGCUGAACGGUUACAAUUUCCAGAAUCGGUAUCUUGUCGUGCUCUACCACCAGCCAGAGAAGAUGAUUCGCACAAAAGAGGACUUGGAUGCCCGCAAGGAGAAUUUAGAACGUCUCAAGAAGCAACACGGCAUCGAUUGACAGUUAGACGGGCCUGCAGACAGCCUUCAGAGUCAAACCAAAACGUCUGGAGGCCCGUCUUCUUCGACAUCCACCUCCUCAAAGACAAAGGCGGCUUCGGCGCCCAACGCGCCGAAAUCGAUCCUCAAAAGGGGCAGGCCGGAUAUCGCCACGCACGCACGAAGAAUGCCUCACUUUGUGCGGAAGCUACUUCCCACGGUGCCCGAGUGCGCCUAACACUA